GUAGAAGAAUCGCUAUUCGACACCAAAACUUACGUAUAUGCAUAGUUCCAAAGCUGGGCCAAUCCAUUGACAAGGCUACUAGACGUUGUUCUUCUUCCAUAAAGUUUCUGUCAAAAGCAAAUUGGACCAAAAUAUUGGGUCUUCUUAUGACUCCUUUUCAAUUCUGUUUGAAAUACAUUACAGUACAAUUCAAAGACGUUAUUGUAGAUUCACCGGAAACGAAUCUAUCACUGCACCUUGAUUAUGUACAUCUCUAUAUGAAACUUUUGAUAGUACCUUCAACAGAAGCAAUGACACAACCACACCAACAACUGCAGGAUGACCAGUCAAUGACAGCGAUGGCAGCAAUCAAUUUCAACGUAGGGCCCAUCGUUUUAGCAAACAAUGAAGAUGUUUACAACAGUGAAGUCAACAGCAACGAUAAUGUAUUAUUCAAGGUCACCUAUGAGACACUGCUGACCAUACGUAAAAAGAUCUUCCUUUGCAAAAAGAGGGUGGCAUUGGAAGAUUUUUUAGAUGUAGAUACUCACGUAGGCAAAGUCACCGGUGAUAUCAAUGCCUGCUAUCGAUAUUUACAGCAACAACAAAUGCAACGUAGAAGUGCAUCAAUGAAGAAUAUAAUCUCAACGAUGGAUAAAAGCGAAGAAGCCGCUGAAAGAGUAAACAAUAUGCCCUCAUUAUUACUGCAACAGUUGCAACAUGGUCUUCCAACAUUGAACAUCAAUCUGUUCCUGACCAGAGGCGUGGAGAUAACAUAUAAACGCAAGGCUAGUGGCUGCUAUUUAUCUCCUUUGAUUAUAUCUUCCAAUCACAAUAGUGUAGUUAUUCAAAUAGAAAGGAUACAUGUAGGAUACAACAAUACAAAUAGCCUUUACAACCAACAUAAUAGCAAUUUUCUAUCGGCAGCAGGGUCGUUGUAUUUUUCUUUGCACCAAUUGACCGUUAUUAUUGCGGCCAUUAGAAAAAGUGGUCUUCCUCAGAAGCAACAAUCUAUAAUCAAUAUCCCAGUUAUAGAUGCUGUCACAGAUAUUUUCGAGCCUAAUUUUUCAGCUACUCCUUUUACUAUUACCAAAGGGACUACAUCAAUUGGCACGUCAUUUGUAAAUACGAUAUGUACCAUACAUGACAUGAGCAUCAAUAUACCAUCCGCCAAUCCAACCUUUAAGCAUUUCAUCCAGCUUUUAAUGAAAAAAAUGCAACGGCCUACUAAAGAAGAAGCUAUUAAUAGCAAUAAAACUUCAGAAGCACCAUUAAGUAGAACUAUGAGUGUGAUGCCACUAAUUGUGUUUGCCAUUGUUUUCCAUACCGUCAAUAUUGUCUAUAUAGCCAAUGAAACUGAACAGCAACCUGCUUCGAAUAACAAUGAAAUACAAAUUAACCAUUUUAUUCUCAGGCUGUCGGGUGAAUAUACGUCGAGAAAUAGACCAAGUAAUUUAGAGACCUGGCUUGCUCAGCAAGAAUAUACGUGGCUAACUAGUUCAAAGACAAUGCCAAAGACCAGAUCAUAUAAACAACACCUAAAACGAAACAGAAAUACUUUUGCUAGAAAGGUUUUGGCAAACAUAAUGAAUGCUGGAGGAAGGGUAUCAUGUCGCUCGACAUACUCAACGAAAAAACAAGUAGCAAAUGAAAGGAUCCAAACGAACAAUGAUGAAGAAUGGAGUUACGAAUUAUCAACAAAGCUCACAUUGGGAAGAUUACGGAUAGGACAAGCUGGAAACAGUGGCACAGCAGCAAUUACACAGUUUAUUCAGGUCAAGCGCGCAUCUAUAAAAGCAACAACUGCCAUUGAUACACUCUUUACAUCACAAAAUUUGGCUUCCAACAAAGCACAACGAGUAGCCUUCAGUUUAACAUCAAAUUCUAAAAAGCCAAUGGAAAUUCAUAUAGAAGCAUACGUUUAUAAGCCCAUCAUUACCGUGGUGGAUAUGUUACCAUUCAAUGAAAACUGGUGCCGUCGCUGGGAAGGCAAUGGUUGGAUUAAACUUAUACUUGCAGCCACACAAUUCAUACAUGUUCAAAAUACAACAGAGACAAGUACAGCAACGACAGCAGAGGUCAGUAGUAAUGCUUUCAAAAGGAAAAACCUCCAAUUGGGCUCAUGUCACCUUGAUAUCAUACAACCUGGUCUGAAUAUUUAUUGUACAGAUAAUGGAAAGAAAUAUGCAGCAAAGAAAAACUCGCAUGACUACAUUGGCAACUCGCCGAAGAAUCCAAUUUAUGCUCGCAUAUCAGUUAAUUUAAAAAAGUUCACAAUGACUAAAGAAAAAUACCACAGAAUAACUGAUGGUCAACAAGCUUUCAACCAUAUUCGACUUUUUGUGGAUGAUCUAAAUGUUCAUCAAUCUUCUCUCACCGCUUCUACAACAGCUGCACAUAUAAUUGACGAUCUCGGCGAGAAAAGCGCUCAACACCUCAUUCUGAGUAUUCCACAAUUGGCUUUUCGCAAACCAUUUGAUCAAAAAUCAAAAUCUUUCCAACCAGUAUCUACAGCGGAUAUAAAAGGAGUAGUCGUCUCUUACUCAAUCAGAAAUCAUUAUAUAUGCUUACUGUUAUUUCAAUCCUUGCAGGAUCUAAAAUACGAAUUGACUCCAGUCAUUCAUGGAGAACAGAUCAGUGAUGAGCCUAUCAGUAAUAGUAAAAAAAGCAAGCUUAAAUUGAUUACAUACAUUGACAAAAUCGACGUGCGUAUAAACUUACCAUUUGAGAGAAUUCUACAUCUUCAAUUAAAACAGCUCAAGUGGACGAACCAUCAGCAAGUCGCUAUUGCAAAGCUGCACAAAGGAAUGAGUGCAUAUAGUACAAUUGAUGAAGUAGCUUCUUGUCACAUUGAAUGUGAAACCAUACUUCUUCUGGUGCAAUCGGCUCGUCAUGCUUCGAAAUGGGAACAAUUUAUAUGGAUAGAUCAAGCAGUUAUGAGUCGAUUUACCGAUACCGGCAUUACUGUUUCAGCUAAUAAAAGAGAAGCAGAAAUAGCGAACAGGUUAGAGAUUGUAAGAAUCUCGAUCAGCAUCCCUUAUCAGUUUCUUUUAUGUGAAAUAAUAGAAAGUGUUAUAACAAACAUUAAAGCGAUAAAGGUGCUUCAUUCAAGACAACUAAAGAACAACUCUUACAUUUAUCUGGGACCUAGCAUGAACAAUACACCAGUGGCUUUACCUCUUAUACAUCUCAAAGCUGAUAUAUUUGAAAUACAGUUUGAUGAUGAUCCUUUUGAAUCGAAUUUGCGACAAAUUUUCAAAGUAGGUCUAAUAGAGCAACAGAAAAGGUCUUCACCAGCUCAUGACAACAAUCAAUUUAGCUCAACUACCACUACUGCUCCUACAGAUUAUGAAGGUUCACGGUGGUUCAAACACAAACAGCCACAAAGCGCCAACAGUAUCAAAUCAGAUCAACGAUCAUUUCAUACGGUAUUUCAAACGCCUAUAACCAAAGAGAAGGGAACCGCUAUCGUUGAGAACACAAGCGAGACUGAUAUAGAACGACUGUCUACUGUUGAUGAGCUCUUGCCCGAUGAUGUAAAGGAUAAGAUAAUGGAUUAUAGUACUACCUUUGAUUCUUCCGAUUGUAUAGCAGUGUACAAUAUGCGGGAAGUUAAUGAACGCAGUGGUGUCAGCGACACUUACUGUAGUACCAGUAGCAGUGAUAUAUCUGAGGAUGACAUUUUUAUACGUGCCGAAAAUGCUCAGAUCAGCUUACACAAAUUUUUCUCAAAGCGAUGGAUUAAAAACAUGAAUGGAGUGAAGCAAAGGGAAGAAGCGCAAUCUCUACGAGAGAGGAAUAUCAACGAGCAGCGACUUUUAUCAAUAAGUGCCCUUAACAGUUAUCAACAAGCUGGAACAAUAAGGAGCGUACAACAAUCUAUUACCUGCUUGGAUAUAUUACCAUGGUCAACACAAACUGCUUUGGCUCAUUUCCGCUGUGAAAAUACAAAUAUAAGUAUUAGGCCACCAGAGACCUUCGGCAGGCAUCAAACGAGGGCCUUUAUUCAUUCAAUUGGCAAAGGUGUACCAUUUGAAACAGACUAUUCUAUCCUUAUCCCCUUCCAUCUAUCUAUAAAAGCGGGAACUACAUUGAUAAAAGUAAGGGACUAUCCGCUUCCAUUUUUAUCGGUGCCAGUUCCGUCUACUCUUUCUCAAAGCAAUGCAGAAAAUAAAUCGUACGCGUGGAAUUUAGAAGGUGACUAUGUCGCAGCGGAUGAACGAGGCAGCUCAAAGGGAAGUAGAAUCAUUACUGUACCACUUAUAUCAUCAGCAAGUUGCUCUAGUUCUGACGAAAAGGAUGUCGAUAAUGGGUAUUGUUUGUCCAUUCUAUUCAAGAUGUUUUACGUAUCCUUGGCACACUGAUACCUCCAGCUGUAGAUCCUUCACCACGGUUGGGAUGGUGGGAUAAAAUACGGUUUAUGAUUCAUUCGAAGAUUAAAAUAGACUUUCAGAUUGGUGCAGGAGAAUUAGGUAUAAUUGUCAAGGGAACAAGAAGUCCGUAUGAAAUAGAAGGUGCAGGUGCAGGGUUAAUCAAAAUUUGGAGUGGCAAUGUUAUUUGGUUUUUGGGAUACAGUAAUGAACAAAACGAA